GAGGUGUGGCCGGGUUUGGGGGACGAGCUGGUGCAGCCCCGGGCCCGUCUUUCCCGGAGAAGAAGGGAGGGAGGAAGGCUUCAAGGAUCCACCUACUUCCUGCUCGCCCGGAGCUCGGCCUGCGCCGCACCGUACCGCACCGCACCGCACCGCACCGCAAUGUCGGGAGGGUCAGCCCGGAGCUUGGCCAAGGGUAGCGCGGCCCCGGGGCCGGUCCCCCAAGGCCUAAUUCGCGUCUACAGCAUGAGGUUCUGCCCGUUCGCCAAGAGGACGCUCCUGGUCCUGAAGGCCAAGGGGAUCGAGCAUGAAAUCAUCAACAUUAACCUGAGAAAUAAGCCUGAGUGGUUCUUUGAGAAGAACCCCUUCGGUAUGGUACCAGUUCUGGAAAACAGUCAGGGACAACUCAUCUGUGAAUCUGCCAUCACGUGUGAAUACCUGGAUGAGGCCUACCCUGAGAAGAAGCUGUUUCCAGCAGAUCCCUAUGAGAAGGCACGCCAAAAAAUGACCUUCGAACUAUUUUCUAAGGUACCAUCUUUGAUAGGAAGCAUUGUUCGAAGUAAGACUAAGGAAGAUCGCAUCAGCCCGAAAGAACAAUUAUGCAAAGAAUUUGGCAAUCUAGAAGAGGUUCUGGCCAAUAAGAAGACGACCUUCUUUGGGGGCAGUUCUCUUUCUAUGAUUGAUUACCUCAUGUGGCCCUGGUUUGAACGGCUGGACGUACUGGAGCUAAAUGAGUGUUUAGACCAUGCUCCAAAACUCAAGGUUUGGAUGGCGGCUAUGAGGGAGGACCCUGCAGUAUCAGCACUCCUCAUUGAUCCACAGAUCAUGCGUGGGUACCUCAGUCUCUAUGUGCAGAAUGAUCCCCAAGCCUUUGACUACGGGCUCUAAUGGAGGCAGGAGUCAGCAAAGAAGACAUGUCUUACAUUUCCAUUAUUGGUAUUAAAAAAAAAGUUAGUUUAUAUCUUGCCGAAUUUGCUCACAUUUCACUGAACCACCUUGUCAGGUUUGACUCAGACCAGUUGUGGGGUUUUCUCCAGGCCCUCCUACAGGAAUGUAAACUCUUCCUGUCUAAGGGUGCUCUCUGGGUUCUAGCAUGUCUACACCCUCAAGUAAGAACUGGGUGUCUAGAUUUCUAAUUCAUUUGAGGAUAGUUUCACUUGCAUAACUGGAUCUAUGCCCAAGUUUAGUCUGGGUUCAGGAUUAAUAAACUUGCUUUCUUUCCAAUUAUCAA